AAAACCAUUAAAAAAGAAAGAAAGAAAGAAAGAAUGGUCCAAAAUAAGCUCAUCACCACCACCACCAAACUCUCACUCCCACACAGCGCCGCCGCUGCAGCCAAAACCACUGUCUCCAUCCUCCUUCUCGUCCUCGUCCUCUUCACUCAUGCUUCGCGGGCUCGUGCCCCGUUUGCAUGCGACCCGCGGAGCGGGCUGACCCGGGGCCUGAGGUUCUGCAGGGCGGGCCUGCCCAUCCAAGUGCGGGUGCGGGACCUCAUCGGGCGGCUGACGUUGCAGGAGAAGAUCAGGCUGCUCGUCAACAACGCGGCCGCCGUGCCGAGGCUGGGCAUCCAGGGUUACGAGUGGUGGUCUGAGGCGCUCCACGGGGUCUCCAACGUUGGGCCCGGGACCAGGUUCGGCGGCGCCUUCCCCGGGGCCACCAGCUUCCCCCAGGUCAUCACGACAGCCGCGUCGUUCAACGCCUCGCUCUGGGAGGAGAUCGGACGGGUUGUGUCGGAUGAGGCAAGGGCCAUGUACAACGGAGGGAUGGCGGGGCUGACCUACUGGAGCCCGAAUGUGAACGUGUUCCGAGACCCCAGGUGGGGGCGGGGCCAGGAGACGCCAGGGGAGGAUCCCGUGAUGGCUGGGAGGUACGCAGCGAGCUACGUCCGGGGGCUCCAGGGCAACAUCGGCAACAGGCUGAAGGUCGCGGCGUGCUGUAAGCAUUACACUGCCUACGACCUCGACAAUUGGAAUGGUGUGGAUCGAUACCAUUUCAAUGCCCAGGUGAGCAGGCAAGAUUUAGAGGACACAUACAACGUGCCGUUCAAGGCUUGCGUGGUGGACGGGAAAGUGGCGAGCGUGAUGUGCUCGUACAACCAAGUCAACGGCAUCCCCACCUGCGCUGACCCGAACCUCCUCAAGAACACCAUCCGCGGUCAGUGGCGUCUCAACGGGUACAUCGUCUCGGACUGUGACUCGGUUGGGGUGUUGUACGAAAGUCAACACUACACAGCCACACCGGAAGAUGCAGCCGCGGACACCAUCAAAGCAGGCUUGGAUUUGGACUGCGGGCCCUUCUUGGCGGUCCACACGGAGGAGGCCAUAAGGAGAGGGAAGCUCGCAGAGGUCGACGUGGACUUGGCCCUGGCGAACACGAUCACGGUGCAGAUGAGGCUGGGCAUGUUCGACGGCGAGCCGUCGGCACAGCCGUACGGGAGCCUCGGGCCGAGGGACGUGUGCGCUCCAGCCCACCAGCAGCUGGCCCUCGAGGCUGCACGCCAAGGCAUCGUGUUGCUCAAGAACCAGGGACGGGCCUUGCCGCUCUCCACUAGGCGUCACCGCACCGUUGCGGUCAUCGGACCAAAUUCGGAUGUUACCAUGACGAUGAUUGGGAAUUAUGCGGGUGUUGCGUGCGGGUACACCACUCCCUUGCAAGGAAUUGGGCGAUACAGUAGGACGGUCCACCAACCGGGAUGCGCCGGAGUCGCGUGUAACUCGAACCAGCUUUUCGGGGCAGCCGAGGCUGCAGCUCGGGGAGCCGACGCCACCGUCCUAGUUAUGGGCCUAGACCAGUCCGUGGAAGCAGAGUUCAGGGACAGAGCAGGACUUCUUUUGCCAGGACAUCAACAGGAGCUUGUGUCGAGGGUGGCCAUGGCCGCCAGAGGCCCAACCAUUUUGGUCCUGAUGAGCGGUGGGCCUAUCGAUGUGACCUUCGCGAAGAACGAUCCGCGGGUCGCCGCCAUAUUGUGGGCCGGGUAUCCGGGUCAAGCCGGAGGGCAAGCCAUAGCCGAUGUCCUGUUUGGAACAGUUAAUCCAGGAGGAAAGCUUCCUAUGACUUGGUACCCACAGGAAUAUGUCGCCAAGAUUCCUAUGACGAACAUGAACAUGAGGGCGAACCCGGCGACAGGCUAUCCCGGACGGACCUACCGCUUCUACAGGGGCCCGGUCGUGUACCCCUUCGGGUAUGGCAUGACCUACACCACCUUCAGGCACUCACUAGUCGAGGCUCCGACCCAAGUCUCGGUGCCCCUGGCGAGCCUCGGCACCGCCGCCUCGAACUCCUCCUUGCUAAGCACCGGGAUCAAAGCCUCGCACGUGAAUUGCGACACGGCCUCACUGGGGGUCCAUGUCGACGUGAAGAACACCGGCUCGAUGGAUGGGACGCAUACUCUGCUCGUGUUCUCCGCGCCGCCGGAGGGGAAAUGGUCCCCGACCAAGCAACUGAUCGGGUUCAAGAAGGUCCACUUGCUGGCCGGGUCCCAGCGGCGGGUCAAGAUCGACGUCCGCAUCUGCGAGCACCUGAGCGUGGUCGACGAGUUCGGGAUCCGAAGGAUCCCGAUAGGCGAACACAAGCUUCGCAUCGGCGAUCUUGAGCAUUCCGUGACCCUCCAAGCAAAUUUGGAGCGGACAAGAACAUAACCAAGUUUGAGGAAAAGGUAUAUGUGCGAUUGAAAGGAAUAAACGCAUUUGUUGCCCUUUUUUAUUUAUUUUUU